AUGGAGAAUCUGACUUUAAGGGACUACAUAGGAAAUACUCUUUACGUAACGUUGAAAGAUGGGAGGAUUUUGAAUGGGGAAUUCAUGGCUAUCGAUGCCCAAUGCAAUUUGCUUCUGGACCGUGUCAGAGAACAAUCAAAGUCAGCUACAGCUGAGGUCUCAAGCAGAUUGUUGGGGUUGGUCAGUGUACCGUCAGACACCGUAGAGAAGGUGGAGGUUCCGCAGUACAAGAUGCAAGAGAUGAUUCGCAGCAGGGCUGCAUUCAUGCAAAAUAUAGUGUGA